CCGGGGGACAUCAUCGCCGCGGGCACGGGAUACAUGAGGGGCCACGGCACCUACGUGGAGGACGAGAAGCUCGUCGCCUCGGUGGCCGGCGUCGUGGAGAGGGUCAACAAGCUGGUGUACGUCAAGGCGCUGAAGACAAGGUACAACGGCGAGGUCGGUGACAUCGUCGUGGGGCGCAUCACCGAGAGAAGGAGAUCAGCAGAAGAUGAGCUUGCAAUGAGGGACUAUUUGCAGGAAGGGGACCUCAUCAGCGCAGAAGUGCAGUCUGUGUUUUCUGAUGGGGCCGUGUCACUGCACACCCGGAGCCUGAAAUAUGGGAAGCUUGGCCAAGGUGUGCUUGUUCAGGUCUCCCCCUCGCUCGUGAAGCGCCAGAAGACUCAUUUCCAUGACUUGCCCUGUGGUGCCUCUGUGAUCCUGGGCAACAACGGCUUCAUCUGGAUCUACCCAACACCAGAGCAGAAAGAUGAAGAGGCUGGGGGCUUCACCACCAACCUGGAGCCUGUCCCCUUGUCUGACCGGGAGGUGAUCUCACGGCUCCGGAACUGCAUCGUGGCUCUGGUUACUCAGAAGUUGAUGCUCUUUGACACCAGCAUCCUGUAUUGCUAUGAAGCAUCCCUUCCCCAUCAGAUCAAAGACAUUCUCAAACCAGAGGUGAUGGAGGAGAUCGUGCUGGAGACUCGACAGAGGUUGCUGGAUCUGGAGGGAUAGGACAGAAGUGGUCAUUUGAAGUCCCACUAUGGCAGCUUUUGAUUCCCAGUAUUUUUUUCAGUA